UUAGGCUGAACCUGCUUGACGUUGAUAACCUGCUUGACAAGCAUCAAUUGUUUCUGACGUGCCGAACAUCAUACUUAAAAGGUAAUUUCUUUUAGUUGCAUAUACACUGCUUGUUUCUGAUAGGUACGUAUAUACUGCUUGUUUCUUGUUUCAAGAAGAAUAUUGAAUUAACGGGCUGUGAAAAAUAAAAAAAAAGAAAACUUCACUGUAACAGGAGUCAUUGUGAAAUUUACCGCAAGUUCUGGUAUGUUUUGAUAAGGUAUUUUCGUCUCAUUGUAUUCUUUACUCAGGGUCAAUUGCUUCAGUUUAUGUGGCGAAACUUUAAAUCCUAGCCUAUAUAUAGUGAUUCUUCUCUGCAACUGUCAUUUGUGUAACCUCCAAGCAGCCGCACGAAUUGGUCCGAGGACUCCGUGAGAAACAACUUGAGUGAGAGGCGAGAGCGCAGUUACUAAGCCACCUCCUUCCUCACCUCCCUUCGUUCAUAAACUCGCUUGUCUGCCAACGAAAAAAGCCAGAAAGAAACGCUUGGGUGCGAAAUCCAAACAAUCGUCUCGCCGGUCAGCCUGGUCAAUUCUAGGAUUGAGCGCCUUCUCGUCGUUUAGCGGGAUUCAAAGAUCGUCUCGCCGAUCAACCUGGUCAACUUUAGGAUUUAACGCCUUCCCGUCGUUUAGCGGGAUUUAAAGUUCUGUCACGGUACCAUAUAACACGUGAUCAUGCCGAACACGGGAAUUCCGGUGGUAUUGGUCUGUUUAUUAAUGACAUUUACUAAUGUUGGCGCCCAGACUGUGGCUUCAUGUAAUGCUGAGAGCAUCACGAUCAAGGAUCCAAUGAGCGGAUCAGUCCAAUGCCAGGACUGCUUAAAAUGUCCUGCUGGUGAGGGGCUCUCUGUGAGCUGUGGAGAUGAAAUAUCUUCAAGCACCCCUAUCGUUUGUAAACCAUGCGUACUUGGUGAAACAUACUCCUCAGCAUACGAAGCGGGGGCCUGCAAAGAUUGCAAGAACUGCGGACCGAAUCGCGAGACCAUCAAAGCCUGCACAUUGACGUCCAAGGCCAAGUGCGGAAAAUGUAAAGUUGGGGCUUACGUUGAGCCCAUGCUGAGCAUGUGCAAGCCGUGUUCCCAGUGCUGUAAUGACGGCAAGGACAUAGUCAUCUCUCAGUGCCAAGUACCCAGAGUACCCGCAAAUAAGCAGUGCAGUUUUGCACGAUCAGGCAAGUGCAGCAAAGUGGUGACUACUGCGAGUGUCAGCAGAGUGUCCCCAACUAUGGAGAAAAAUCAAUCAACAGUACAGUCGACAAUUUCCUUCACGGUAACAACGGUAACCUCAGUCUCUAGUGAACCAACCACCGCGCCGCCUUUUGAUGCAUCACCAUCGUGGGUUAACGUCAUUGUUGGUUCUGUUUUUGGGGGCGUAGUUGUUGUCUUCAUCCUUCCGUUAGCGUUCAUUAUUCGUUAUCUUAUGGUCAAGCGCAGGAAAACCCGUAGGCAGGUAAGCGAUUUGGCUCUUGCCGAGACCGCGCCCGGCGAAAGGUCCGAGGAAGUGCAGAAUAAUUAUCAACAGGCCAACGCUGGCGAUGGCAAUGAAACAGAUCACCCAAACUCACCUGCAGAUGACCCGGAAGAGUCCACAGUGCCUGUUCAGGAAAGUGGUGACAUCAGUAAAGACAAAACAGGGAUUCAGGAAACCAAGCUCCCAGGUCGCCAUGGUGACACAGAUUUGAAGCUUUCCAGCACUGUUCCAGAGCACGCUGAACCAACCUCUGAACUCCACAGUCAAACCAAGGAACUUGAAAGAAACACGACUGUGCAUGUAACUGUACAUGUACAUUCCAGUGGUUUUUAACAGCAGUUUAAAUAAAAAUUCCAUGCUACACAUUUUUUAAGCACACUUCUUGUAACCUAAGUAUAGCUUUUGUUACGCUCUCUAGCUAAUAGGCCCAAGUUAUGUCUUUGUUGGAAACCUUUUAGCUAUUAAAACUGUGUUUAUAAAUA